AUGGCUUUCAAUCUACAAGUCAAAGCCAUGCAAGUAAAGAAAUUUGAAAAAAUCCUGAGAGGAACUAUCCCAUUAAAUUCAGCUGGAUAUCAAAACAAAACACCAUCCCCCAAUGAAACAGAUACAAACCAUGACAUCACAAAUAGCAUAGUGAAUUUAUCUCAUCGCACACUAACGGAGGAUGAAACAAAAGCCCUUCAACUAGGUCUAAAUUAUGCUCUCCCAUAUUUCAAGCACAAGGACCUUAUUGUUGAAGCAGGCAUAAACAUAGAACUUUGUUUGAAUGACUUCGAAAUAACUGAAGUACACAAGAAUAAAAUCCGAUCAGGAAUUUCCAGAAUAUUACACUCAGAGAUUAAUAAGCCAGACGAAAUAUCCAAAGAUUACAAGUGGCUUAAACCAAUAUGUAAAAAUCUCAAGGAAGAUGAAACUAUCACAAUUGUCCCUGCAGAUAAGGGAAAUAUGACAGUGAUCAUGUCCACAACCAAAUACGAAGAAAAAAUUGAAGAACUUCUAACUGAUCCGAAUUACACCAUCAUUCCCAACGACCCUACGAAAUCAGUAGAACACGAAAUUCACACCCUUGCGAAGAAUUUAUUCAAAUUAAAAAGAAUCGACAAAAAUCAAUACCAACACAUUUCUCCUUCUAACUCAAAGAUCCCAAAAUUCUAUGGAUUACCUAAAAUCCAUAAAGACGGUCUACCCUUUCGUCCCAUUGUUGAUUUCCGAAAUUCGCCCUCUUACAAUCUGGCUCAUUUUCUAAACAGGAUCCUAAAAUGUGUCACAUCAAAAUUCCCCACGACGCUAAAAAACUCUUACGAGUUUGCAGAUAAAAUCAAGAAUUUUAUUGUCCCACCCAACCAUGAAUUGGUCUCAUUUGAUGUCACUUCAUUAUUCACACGCGUUCCAAUUCAACAAACCCUUGACUACAUCAAAAAGCGACUGGACUCCUGCAAUGAUUGGAAAGCAGUUACAAAACUGACAUCGGAAGAAGUAAUGAAAUUGAUCAAAGUAACAGUCAACUCCAACUACUUUACUCGGACUGGGAAAAUCUACAAACAAAACGAUGGAACACCUAUGGGAAGCCCAAUUUCACCUAUCUUUGCAGAAUUCUGUCUACAAGAAUUAGAAGAGCAAUUAAUAUUGAACAAUCCGGACAUCCCUUUUUACCAAAGGUUUGUGGAUGACUCCAACGGCUGUAUCCAGGUGGGCAAGAAGGAGAGUAUCCUCCAAUCUCUCAACAGUUUUCAUCCCAGUAUAAAAUUUACAUGCGAAACUGAAGAAAAUUGCAAACUACCGUUUUUGUAUGUUUUAAUAUCCCGAGAUGAAGAUGGAGCCAUUCACAGACAAGUUUAUCGCAAGCUGACCCACACUGGGAGAUACCUCAACUAUAAUUCAUAUCACCAUCCAUCCCAAAAGUUGGCCGUAAUUGAUGCCCUAAGUUAUCGAGCUUUCAAAAUAUGCGAUGAUGAAUAUUUAGAAAAUGAACUAAAAUUAAUAACAAGCUCUUUAAUGACAAACGGAUAUCCGAAAAGUUUAAUCAAAGUGAGACAAGCCGUCCGCUUAAUCAACGCGUAA